AGCUAAACAAAAUGAGCUUAUUCAUACGCCUACGGAUUGAGAUAAUGCUUAAUAAUAUGGGACAAACCUCGGUGAGUGACUUGGACAAAUCUUCCUGUUGAUAAUGAUCUGCAUACUGCUGGAUCAAGAGGGCGAUAUUUCCUAGCACAAAAGGGAUGAGUUUUAUCAUUCUUUUUUAUCACAAGACUGCCUUAACAAUUCAAGAAAUAUUUAUUCAAAAUGUGUAACAUGACCAUAUCCUCUCAUUUCUUGAGGUUAUUACUUUUUUAUUGGGCUGUAAAAUGACGUAGUCAUGUAAUGUAUGUAACAAUGUCGCAGUAUCAUUUUUAUGCAGUUUUUCGAAUUCAAAAUUAUUUAUUAAAGAAUAAUUGAAGGACGCUUGAUGAUAUUGCACAAUAUGUAAUUCAACAUCUAAGGAUAAGCGUUAUUACUUUUGAAUGCUUCAAUUACUACGUAAAGGCAUCGCAAUUAUGGAUAAAUUUAUAUGCUAAAAAUAGUAUUAUUGCUGGAAAUUAAAUAAAUACAUACAUAAAUAUGUCGUCUUAUGUCUGGAAACAAACACAGCAACCACACAUGCACACAUGCAUGUACAUUACAGACAUACAUAUUAUGUACAUACAUACGUAUAUACAUACAAAUAAAAUAUUUCCUGUAUGUGUUUCUACUGGGUUGGUACAAGCACAAAAUAUUUUAAAUAAUUGUGUACACUUGCACUAUUUAUGAAGCAUGAUUCCUGUCACCCAUGGACAUAUGAAUAAUUUGUACACAAUCAAUGCAAUGGAAUCAUGAAUUUCCAGUGAUCUUCGUUGCUGAAGAUGCAACCAUGCCACUUGAAUUUAGCUGUUUAACCACUUGAAUUACUAGUCCCAUGCCCUUCAACAUACAUUCAUAAAAUACGUCAUAUAUGUCUAAAUAUGUAUCUUAUUAACCUCGCUGGAUUGUGGUUAAGCAGAGAAUUAAUACAUCUGACAUUUUGAUUGACUCGUUUGUUGGUUGGUAUUUAAACACUGGUUGUGAGCAGUUUAAACUAGUUUUUAUUAACGAAAAGUUGUACAAUGCAUUCUUGCCGGUUUUUAAAAUAUAUGUUUGUUCUUUAUUUCUCAUUAUCGUUAUUAUUGUAUAAUGCCGAAGGAACUUGUUCUGUUUUAAAAGCUGCAACAGUCAUAUUCCGGCAUGGUGAAAGAAAUCCGAUUCGGUCUUAUCCUGGGGAUCCGUAUAGUAGUGAAGAGCUCUACUGGCCAGAGGGAUAUGGCAUCAUGACAGAAAAUGGCAAGCGACAAGUUUACAAACUUGGUCAGUAUUUACGACAGCGGUACUUGGACCUGCCAACAAAGGACAAUAUAUUGAUUCUCAGCUCACAACGAAAUAGAACUCUAACUUCAGCUAGCUUAAUGCUAAACGGAUAUUUUGAAGACUCUGACAACACGGAGAUGAACUUUGAGGGGACUGAACAUGUGGAUAAAAUCACAGUGAUACCAAUUGACAAAGAUGAUUUCAUCUUUGUGUCUCAACAUUGUCCAAAAUAUUUCUUAUUGCGAGAUAAGUAUCGAAAGAUGGAAAGGAAGGACCCCUUCGGAGGCUGGAAGAAUGAGGUGGAAAUAAUCACUCAAAACACAGGAUUGAAAUUUGACUCGGUGGAUCUCAAAAUUUUUUUCUUGACGGACACCAUUCUUGUUCAGAAAUCUAGAAAUCUUGUUCUACCAGCAUGGGCAGAACAGCUCUAUGAAAAUGGAGCAAUUCAAGGGAUGAAGACAUUUUUUUACACUUCUGCAAUCCCCACGGACGACCUAACCAGGUUGUACACAGGUUCAAUGGUCACCAGAUUUUUUGAUAGCAUGGACAAAGUUAUGGAUGAUGAAUUGGGACUGGGUGUGAUUAACCCAAGGGUGACUGUUCUCUCUGGUCAUGACACCACGAUUGCCCUUUGGUUGACCAAUUUGGGCCUUGGCUCCAACCUUGACAUCCCUUAUGGUUCUGCGCUUUUCCUAGAAGUGUGUCAAAUUAUGGGAUCAACGGGAGAGCAGAAAUUCGAGAUUGAGGUCUCCUACAAAAAUGAUACAAAUGCAGAACCCACCCUUCUGCAUAUUCCUGGAUGUCCGACCCCGUGUUCUUAUUCUGAUUUUAAAAAACUUUUGGCACCCAGAUCAAUUCGAAAUCGAGAAGAACACUGCACCAUAAUUGCUGAUGAGGAGGACACAGUGAGUAGUUCCAAUCAUACAUCAAGUGGUAGCGUCAAUGACAAGGUUGUAGCUAAUAAUUAUUUUUGCUCGUUAUUUAUUACGUUAUUGUCUUUAUUCUUUUAAUCAUAAAUACUUCCUCCGUGUGAAAUGUGUGAAAUGUAAAUAUCCAGAAAGUGCCCAUUUAAUAUUAUUAUGAACAGUGCUUUCUCAUUAACUUUCUCAUUAACUGCUUUCUCAUAUUAACUAAUUAUUAUGUGCAACGUAAUAUAAACAUAAAUAUGUUAAAAUUUGAAAUCUAUGCUUGUAAAAAUAACUUAAGCGUUGUAAUAAAGUUUUGUAAAAUAACUGCA